UGAUCAUGCACGCACUCUCUCAGCACACUCCCUCCUCCUCCUCCAUCACCUCCAUCACCUGCAUCCUCAUCUUGUUGUUGCCAUUCCCUCCAUCAAUAUCGCCAUCACCUCCAAAGACCACCCCCGGACUCAACCAUGUCCGGCGGGGGAAACAUCAAGGUCGUCGUACGAUGCCGACCUCUCAACUCGCGAGAAAUCGCGCGAGGGGCCAAGUCCCUCAUCCGCAUGGAGGGUAACCGCACCAUUCUCGACCCACCAGAGGUGCAAUCGACUAGCGCCCGCGCGAUCGAGAAGAAGCCGCAGGUGUUCUCGUUUGACAAGUCGUACUGGUCAGCCUCGUCCAAAGAUGACCCACGGUACGCGAGUCAGCAGACACUGUUCGACGACCUCGGCGUUGAGCUCCUCAACCAUAGCUUCGAAGGCUUCAACACGUGUAUCUUCGCAUAUGGACAGACAGGAAGUGGCAAGAGUUACUCAAUGAUGGGAUAUGGGCGCGACAAGGGUAUCAUCCCGCUCUCAACCUCGGAGUUGUUCCGCCGCGUCGAGCAGCAGGCUGCCAAGGAUCCAAAUCUGACGUACUCGGUCGAAGUGUCUUACAUCGAGAUCUACAACGAGAAGGUGCGCGACCUGCUGAACCCCAAGAACAAGGGCAAUCUCAAGGUGCGCGAGCACCCGUCGCUCGGCCCGUAUGUCGAGGACCUCAGCAAGCUCGUUGUUGAGAACGAUGCCCAGAUGAUGACACUCAUGGACGAGGGCAACAAGGCGAGGACAGUUGCGUCGACUAACAUGAACGAAACAUCGUCUCGCUCGCAUGCCGUGUUUACCGUUAUUCUCACACAAAAACGCCGGGACCCACAGUCCAAGAUGGUUGGCGAGAAAGUGUCCAAGAUCUCGCUCGUCGACCUGGCAGGUAGUGAACGGCAAGCAUCAACUGGCGCCACGGGAACGCGCCUCAAGGAGGGUGCCAAUAUCAACAAGUCGCUCACGACACUCGGCAAGGUCAUUGCUGCCCUCGCCAAUGCGUCUGAGGGAAAGGGCAGGAAGAAGAAGGAGGAGUUUGUGCCCUACCGUGACUCGGUCCUCACAUGGCUCCUGAAGGAGAGCUUGGGAGGUAACUCCAAGACGGCAAUGAUUGCCGCAAUCUCGCCGGCGGACUACGACGAGACACUAAGUACACUGCGCUAUGCCGACGCUGCCAAGCGUAUUCGCACACACGCUGUCGUCAACGAGGACCCAAAUGCCAAGCUCAUCCGCGAGCUCAAGGAGGAGCUCGAGCUACUGCGUGGCAGGGUGUCCUCCGUGUCUGGUGGCGGAGGUUUGUCCGAAGACACUUAUGACCCAUCGAUUCCGCCUGAGAAGCAAAUCGUCACCUAUCAGACUAAGGACGGAGAGAUCAAGCGGGUCACAAAACUCGAGCUGCAGGAUCAACUACAGGCUUCCGAGAAGCUUAUGGAGGACCUCAACCUCACUUGGGAGGAGAAAAUGGCUGCGACUCAGGCUAUUCACGUCGCACGAGAGAAAGCGCUUGAGGAGCUGGGUAUCACUGUCGACAAGGAUAUGGUCGGCGUCCAUGCCCCGCAGAAGUUCCCAUCACUUGUCAAUCUCAACGAGGACCCGCUCAUGUCCGAGUGCCUUGUCUACCAGCUCAAACCCGGCACGACUGUCGUGGGCAAUCUCGAGAGCACUUGCACACAGAUCAAGCUUUCCGGCGAGAACAUAACUGCUCUCCACUGCCGCUUCAUCAACUCCGAGGGGCAAGUCACUCUCGAAGCUUGUGACAAUGCCCGGACGUUCGUAAACGGCAAGCGCGUGCCUCCCAGCACACCUGUUAAGCUACAGCAUGGUUUCCGGGUCAUUCUAGGAGAUUUCCAUGUUUUCCGCUUUAACGACCCAGCAGGUGUUCGCGCUCACCGCACACGGAUGUCCGGCAUGUGGGGCAACGUGACGAACGGGGAUCCUGGGACACCUGGACGCUGCGACUCGCCCGCACCAACGGAACUUAUGGACUGGACGGCUGCGCGACGUGAGGCGGCCGACAUUGAGGCCCUAGGUGACCGCGACUUGGACAAGCUGUUUGACGAUAUCGUCAAAGUUCGCACCCUUCGUGGACGGCCCGACAGUAGGUUAGACUUGACAGCCGAAAUCGAAUCGCGGCUUCUCGCCAACUCCAUCGCGGACGACUCGGUCGACAACAACCCGUGGGAGGGCCAGCUGGGCAAUGGCAGCCCCCUAGCCAUGGAAAACGGCAGCGAGAGCCGGGACCAGGUAACCGAGGGGACAGAAAGCACCAGCCGCAGCGAGGCCUCGCCGGCAGCACGAUUCUCGGCCAUGUCAGGCCUGUCCGACGAGUCGCUUGAGCAGCAGUUCAUGACCAAGCAGCUGCGCACACUGGCGUUGGAGGUCAAGCGUAUCCGUGCGCAGGCCGCAGUCAGUCGGGCUCGGGGGGAGGCGAUGUCGGAAGAGGAGGAAUGGUCUAUGCCGCAGACUGUACUUGUGCGGAAGGCCGUGGAGAAGUGGAAGCAGUUGCGCAACUUUGUUAUGGCCGAGCAACUUCUUCACUUGGCGGCGGAUGUUCGCGAGGCCAACAUCAUCGCACGCCAGAUGGGCAGGAAAAUUUCGUUCAACUUCACGAUCAUGGACGGGCCAGCUGUUUCUGCGAAGUCGGCGUUGGACGAUCUGGGAGGCAUCAUCGAAUUUGACGACGUUGCCGAUCCCUCAGCCCCGUCUGGGGCGCGGGUGAUGAUCAAGGUCAUUGACCAUGAGUCGACAUGUGAGCAAGUUCCAGGACAAGCCCUGACGCAACCAGCGGUGUACACUUGGAACACGAGUCGCUUCCAGCAGCAGCUCGCGCGCAUGCGUCAGGUCCUCGCCGUCAAGGACAGGCCGAAUUACUCUGUCCACUUGAGCGUGCGCGCCCCCUUCGCUGACGACCCCACCCCAAGCUUCUCGUACAUUGGAGCCUCGCAUGUGCCGCUGCGUUUACUUGCCAGCCAACUGUCCUACGCGGUUACGGUACCGAUAUUCUGCGCGUACACAAUGGAGGCGAUUGGCUCAUGCCGAGUCGAGUUCAAGUGUUCGACGGUGCCACGCUCCGGGGUUGCUACUCCGGAAUCGGCUGGGCCUGUCAUUCGUGGCCAGCCCUUCAGCAAUCACAAGUUUGGCUUCACCGUGACCGUAGACCUCGUGAGGGGCCUCACUUCAGCGGACUUUAGUGAGGUGCACGCACAGACGCGGCUGUCGUCGCUUGUCGGUCCCAUAGCGUCUGAGGACACUUUCGCCUCUUUGCCCGUUAAGCUCGAUGAGAUGUCGGCUGGGCACCUGCAGCUUCGAAGGACACUAUCAGUGCUUGUUACCUCUGACUUGGUAUCGCACUUGCAAACGGGCUUUGCGACUAUCGAGUUUUUCGCGCGGGUACGCAACUCGUAUUUGGAGCGUCUGGAACGAUUCGAUGCGUCAAAGGAAUCACCCGACACACCCAACGGCGAGCUGACAGCUGAUGGCAAGCCUACGAUGAGGCAGGCUGACAUGGAAGUGGCCUCAACGGAACACCAUGAUGUGCUUGCCUCGAUUGAGGUACACGAGAUGAGCAACGAUGGCGAGUACAAGCCCGCCGACGUUGAGGACGACAUCUUGCAUUUGCAUCUGGGCGUUCAGCGACAAGUGGUCGUGAACCUAAAGCACGCCUCCGGCCAGGCGUUUAAGUGGACGCGCAUUGUGCAUGCCAGCGCCUCCCAUGUUCGUGUCCAGACCAAAGAACAGCAGCCUGUGGAGGUGCCGGCCUCUAGCGUGGAGCUUCAGCUUGUUUCGCACGUCGAUUAUGCGUCGGAUGGAACCAGCCGGCUGCUGGCGCGCGGGACAUGGGACUCGGCCGCACACCACUGCAUUCACCUUGAUCGGCGGACCAGAGGAGACGACCACGCUAUUGUACGUCUCACCUUCAUGGUGGACGUCGAGCGUCUCGACGAACCUGCAGUGUUUACAAUGGAUAUCAAGGUGAAAAUUAUCGGCCGCGACUCGCGCCGCUCUAGCAUCAGUAUCCGCAACAUCUGGCGCCCGCGUCCUGUUAGCAGCGUUAUCGCGCUCUUCGGUGUAGAUCUCAACCCACCCCUGGCACGCACAGCACGGGAUCUGUGGCGCCUGGACACCUCCAAAAAGCCUGUGCCUAACGAGGCCAUUCUCGGCGGCUGGCGACCACGCAGCAUAGCUCUGGUGCGCGAGUACAAUGAUCUCGUGCGUGUGAGGCGUGCCCUCGCCGAAGUGCAGACCACACGCGUCGUCCUAGAGCACAUCGGCGACGUCGCGGCGUCCCAGAGUGAUGAGACGGGUCAACGCGCGCUCGAGGCCAAAAGUCUAUCUCUUUGGAAGCGCGAGAUGGACACACGCGUCGAGUUUGACGUCAAGCGCGAGACCGCAGUGGAAAAAGAGAUGGCGCAGCGUUUGCGCGAGCUGGUGCCAGACAUUGAGCCAAGACUGGUGCCUACCGUGCGGCUCAUUACGCCAAAUGAGAGCGUAAUCAAACGGGGCGCGCUUGCGCUCCUUAAGGAUUCGCGGACCAACAGAUGGGAGGAUGCCAGCGCAGUGCUGCGAUCGCCAUAUCUGCACCUUCACCCGGAGCCUAACAAGCGGGAGACACAGGUUAUCAACCUGUCGCAGGCGUCGGUUGUCGCGAGCCCCGACGUGGAAACGUUGCUUGGGCGUAGGUACGCGUUCACCGUGUACACGCCGACCAACUCGUAUAUUAUCCAAGCGGCGUCGCAGCACGAGCUGGAACAGUGGCGCACAGUCAUCGGGCGUCAGCGCCGGGGUGGCUAGAGUUCGCUGUCGAGUCUAGCCUGCGGC